AUGGAAGAAGCUCAAGAAGUGAUUAAACACGUUUGCAGAAUCUGCUGCAAGAGUUUUCCAUGUGGUAGAUCAUUAGGGGGUCACAUGAGGUCACAUGAUCAUGUGAAAACCAAUGAUCAUCAUCAUGGUGAUGAUGAUGAUGAUGAUGAUGAUGAUGAGAGUUUUGUUGUUGCUUCUGCUUCAACAGUGAAGAAAGAAGAAGGUUGUUCUGAAGGGUAUUAUGGUCUUAGAGAGAAUCCAAAGAAAACUUGGAGAGUACUCACUGAUUCAACUAGUGAUGAUCAAGAAGAAACUUUUGAUGUUGUUUUGGAUAAAUUGUGCAAAGAAUGUGGUAGAGGGUUUCAAUCUUGGAAAGCUUUAUUCGGUCACAUGAAGUGUCAUUCAAGUAGUAAGAACAAUGGUUUUGAAAUGGAUGAACAAGAGUCUAAUACUGAUGCUGCUGCUGUUCUUCCAAAUAGAAAGAGAAGAUCGAAAAGACGACUGAAAACAAGGUACUUAAAUAGUAACAGUUCCUCUUCUGUUGUUGCUGCGAAUUCGGUUUCUGAGGAAGAAGAACAUGUACAAAAAGAGGUUGCUAUGAGUUUGAUGAUGCUUAGUAGAGAUGUAAGAUCUUGGUGUGGUCUCAAUUCGAUUGCUGAAUCUUCUGAUAAUGAUGAUAAUAAAGGGAAAAGCUUAGAAAUUUUUGAUGAAGAUAGUAAAGGAAACGAUGGAUUGAAGAUGAAGAAAACAAGAGUUUCUGUUAUUGAGAAUGGAAAGGAUAAGAAGAAUAAGGUGAAGAUUGAGGUUGAUUCUGAUUCAGCAUUUUUGGUCGAAGUAAGAUCAAAACCAGGUACUAGUAGCACUAGUAAAGUGAAGUAUACUUCAAUGAAGGAAAAAUUUUAUGAUUGUGAAACUAAGGUUUCAUCUGAAGUUGAAAUCGGCGCGAAGAAAUCCCGUAAGAGAGGAAAAUUCGAGUGUGCUACUUGCAACAGAGUUUUUCAUUCAUAUCAAGCUCUUGGAGGUCAUAGAGCUAGUCACAAGAGGAGCAAAGGAUGUUUUGCUUCAAAAGUUGAUCAAAACAGUGACAAUGAACACAUUGCUGAAUUGGAAAUGGAAGUAGAUAUGAAGAUCAAUGUUCCUGAUGAGGGAAGAAUCUUAGAAAGUGAAGGCAUGGCUGUCGAAGAAGUUUCGGAAAUAAGGAACUUCCUGGAUCUUAAUCUUCCUGCUGAUGCAAGUAUUGUUGAUGAAAGAAAUGGUCAUUCUGAGAUUUACACACCAUGGUGGUUAGAUGGAAGUAACUUCAAGCAAGAGGCAAUGGUAGGCCUACUAUCAAACUAG